GUUUGUGCAGUUCAUGUGUUGAAUUGAGACUACCUAAUCAAAUGGAUUUUAUGGCCAUUUUAGAUCAUUCGAAUUGAUAUGAAGUUGGCAAACGAGGAUGUCAGUAUGCUGGCAUUUACAUCAGAGCAAAUCACAGCUCCUUUUCUUCUUCCCGAGAUGGUUAUGUCUUGUUUCUUCUUCCAUUUCUCUUUUAUGUUUCCCCAAAAUUUAUGAUUAAAAAUUUUGUAUUUGA